GGAGCCCGAAAUGAGCGCCUGAAACUCAUUUUCAGUGUCUCUCAGGAAUUUCUCCAAGAAAACCAGACUUCUACCUCAGACUCCUCUCUCUCUCUUGGACAGGUGAUCUCCAUUUGUUCGAUUUCUCGAUCUUUCAAAGAAUCGCGACCAUGUUACGGAGGUCCGUUUUGGAGAUAUCGUCCCGCAAAUACUAUGCUAGGGUUCCAAGGCGGAUUACUGCUCAGCAGAUACCUCCAUUUUUUUCUUCCAGAAAGGAAUUCUCAGCUGCAUCUCAGCAAAAUGCAUCUCAGGGCUCUGGUUCAACAGGCAAGCCAUCUAAUUCAGGGAGUUUUAUGUCAAAAUUUAUUGUUGGUGGUGUUGUCAUUGGUGCUGCUGUCAUGACGGCUUACCAAACUGGCUAUUUAGACCAAAUUAUUGUUAAAGAGCCGCAUAGUUCAUCGGAACCUACUAGGACUGGUGUUGUUGACUUGGGAGUGGAAGUACCUGUGCUCAAGAGUGAAGAGACUGGUGUUGUUGACUCACUGGUUGUACCUGUGCCCAAGAGUGGAGAUAGUCAAGAGACUGGUGUUUCUGACUUAAGAGAGAGAGCAGGCUUGCCCGACAGUGAAGAGCCUAAUGAAUUGAGUUCUAAUAUCGAGCAUAAGACUGAGCCUCGUUCAGAUUUUCCUCAUGUUGAAGAUUUGAGAGAAAAGAAGGUCAAGAACCAGUUUCCAGUAAAGGAUAUUGCAGAUUUGACACCUGAAGAAAGUGCAGUCCCCAUCCAAGAGAAAGACUUGCCUCCAUAUCCUCACAUCAGCACGACAUCCAAUGAUCAAAUUACGGAUUCUGGGACAUCAUCUGAAGGAAAUAUUGACAUGAAAGACCAAGAAGCAAUACCUAGUAUGGAACAGAAUCGUAGAGUUCCAACUAUAUCAAAAACCAUCCUGGAUAACACAGUUCCUGAGAAAAGUAAUAUGGAUGCUGUGGGCAUUACUAAGGAUGGAUCGGGUAAAGAUCUAGAACCACCAGGUUCUCUUGUUGACGCAUAUUAUCUGGCUGAUAAGGGUGAUCAAACCACUGCAGCUUCCUCAAAUGGACAGGGUAUUGGUGGUGACAAGCAUUUUUCCAAAGAAAAAGAGGCUUCAGUUAGCACAAUUGAGGAUUUAAAUGGUGCGUACAUAUCCAACGAUGGAAAGUUGGUUCUUGAUUUCCUACAAGCCAUUCAUGCUGCUGAAAAAAGGCAAGCUGAGUUAGAUGCUCAUGCUUUUUCUGAGCAAAAGAGAAUAAUGAAGGAAAAGUAUGAGAAGGAAUUAAAGGAUGCAAGGGUGAAGGAGCUUAUGUAUGCUGAAGAGGCAGCAAUGUUGGAAAAGGAACUAAACAAAGAAAGAGCAAAAUUAGCUGCCACUAUCAAGUCACUUCAAGAAAAAGCAGAAGAGAAACUUAAGACUGAACUUGAACAGAAGGAACGCGAAUCAGAGUUGGAGCUGAAGAAAGCACUGGAGUUAGCAAAAGCUGAGUUGGCUGCAGCAAUUGCAAGUGAGAAGGCAUCCCACAUAGAAAAAAUUGCAGAAGCGAAUCUUCAUAUAGAUGCUUUGUGCAUGGCAUUCUAUGCUCGAUCUGAAGAGGCUCGUCAGACUCACUCUGUACACAAGCUUGCUUUGGGAGCACUUGCACUAGAGGAUGCACUGUCUAAAGGUCUGCCAAUUCAGACAGAAAUUGUGGUUUUGCACAAAUAUCUUGAUGGCAUUGAUAAAGAUUCUCUUUUGGCUUUGGUCCUGUCAUCGCUUCCUGAAGAAACACGAAAUCAUGGAACAGAUACCGUAUUGAAAUUGAAUCAGAAGUUUGAUGACCUGAAAGCAACACUGCGACACUUCAGCCUAAUCCCACCUGGAGGUGGUGGCAUAUUGGCGCAUUCAUUAGCUAAUGUUGCAUCUCGGUUGAAGGUUAAGGAAGGUGACCAGUCUGGUGAUGGCAUUGAAUCUGUCAUAAAUAGAGUUGAGAGCCACUUGGCCCAAGGACAGCUUGUGGAAGCAGCAGAUGCUCUUGAAGAUGGUGUUAGAGGCAGCGAAGCAGCGGAAAUUAUUGUUGAUUGGGUGAAGCAAGCGCGGAACAGGGCUAUCGCAGAGCAAGCUCUAACCCUGCUUCAGUCAUAUGCUACUUCUGUUAGCCUCACUUAAAGUACCAUAUUUUGAUUCUCCAAGCCAGUUCCUCAAUUGGUAUGGAAUUUUCCUUCUGAUGCUAAAUUCAUUGAUGUAGAAGCUUUAUACAAACAAUACAGCCUUCAGACCCGUACCCCAGGGCAAACAUUCCCUUUUGUGACACUUAACUUGAAAGCUUUGUAAGCAAUAGUUGCAUUUUUUGUCUGAUUUUGAGUAGCUUGUCUGUAACCCUCUGAGUAAGUUCGGCUUCCUUUCUUAUGUAGCCCGUUCCUCUCCAGGAACUGCCUGGGUUUUGUUCAGUUUGCAUGUUUCAAUAAAAUCAAAUUUCUGCAGAAA